AACUUUCUCACCUAAGCCCCUACAUUUCCUUCGUGUCUAUCUCGUUCAAAGGCCAGGACUUCAUGUCAUGAAUCGACCUCGGCUCCAAAGAGCUCUGUAACGACUAGCUCCUGCAGUAAUCAUGCAACCAGUACCUCCCUCUCCUUUUGGAGCUUCGGCCGUGUCCGCUACCAUGGGCGCGGGGAUCGAAAGCUCGUUUCACGUCAUCGAAACCAUCGAAGAGAAAGAAGAGAGCGAGCAGUCCCUCGGUCAGGAGUCGGAAGAGGGUAUCACACACAAAGAUGAACAGAGGAUUGCUUCUCUAGCAAGAAGUCUGUCGCAUCUGUCCGAAAAAAGUACCAUCGGCGAGGGCACCGAUACCUUCUCCAAAGAGCCCAGCGAUCCUCAGCUCAACCCCAGCUCCGUCCAAUUCAACGCGCGUAAAUGGACCAAGAAUUUACUGAGUAUUACAUCCCGCGACCCUGACAGAUACCCUCGUCGCACAGCAGGCGUUUCCUUUCGCAAUCUUAACGCCUUUGGCUACGGAACUGCGGCGGACUACCAGGCAAAUGUCGCGAAUAUGUGGCUAAAGGCUUUUGGCUGGAUGAAGGGCGUACUCGGUCACCGACACAAGGUCAGGAUCGAUAUUCUCCGCAACUUUGAGGGUUUGGUGCGCAGUGGCGAGAUGCUCGUCGUGCUUGGCCGCCCUGGAAGUGGCUGUUCGACGUUCCUCAAGACAAUCGCCGGGGAAACACACGGGUUGUGGCUCGAGGAAGGAACCGACAUCCAGUAUCAAGGCAUCUCUUGGGAUGAAAUGCAUAGUCGCUUCCGCGGAGAGGUGAUCUACCAGGCCGAAACGGAGACACAUUUCCCGCAACUUACUGUGGGCGAUACGUUGCAUUUCGCGGCCCAUGCUCGAGCACCAUCCAAUCGUUUCCCGGGCGUUACACGUGAACAAUAUGCUACCCACAUGCGAGACGUAGUUAUGGCGAUGCUGGGGUUGAGCCACACAGUGAACACGCAGAUUGGGAACGAGUACAUCCGAGGCGUAUCGGGAGGAGAAAGAAAACGAGUCAGCAUAGCUGAGACAAUGCUGUGUGGCAGCCCGUUACAAUGCUGGGACAAUAGUACGCGAGGCUUAGACUCCUCUACAGCUCUGGAAUUCGUUCGACGACUGCGGGUCUCUACAGACUACACCGGAUCAACAGCCAUCGUGGCUAUCUACCAGGCUAGUCAGGCUAUCUAUGACAUCUUCGACAAGGUGACCGUCCUAUAUGAAGGUCGCCAAAUAUACUUCGGCCACGCAGAUGACGCUAAGCGGUUCUUUGUCGAGAUGGGGUUUGAUUGCCCCGAAAGACAGACCACAGCAGACUUUCUUACCUCGCUAACCAGUUCCACGGAGCGAAAAGCUCGCGAAGGGUUUGAGCACCUGGUUCCUCGGACACCCGACGAAUUUGCGUCUCGUUGGAAAGAGAGUGCGGAUAGAAAGCAACUCCUUGCGGAUAUCGAGACUUUUCAGGCUGAAUAUCCUUUGGAAGGAGACAAAUACGAAGAGUUCUCGCGAUCUCGCGCGGCCGAGAAGGCAAAAGGAACGAGGGCCAAGUCACCUUACACGCUGUCUUACCCCAUGCAGAUUCGCCUGUGCCUUCGACGAGGAAUGCAGCGUCUGAGGGGAGACAUGACCAUGACUCUUACCUCAGUCAUUGGAAACAGCAUCAUGGCCUUGGUUGUUGCUAGUGUAUUCUACAAUCUGGACACCACUACCAAUAGCUUUUUCCAGCGAGGCGCCCUCCUGUUCUUUGCCAUCCUUCUCAACGCGUUUGCAAGUGCCUUAGAGAUUCUGACUCUAUGGCAACAGCGACCGAUUGUGGAGAAACAUGACAAAUAUGCACUCUACCACCCGUCUGCGGAAGCAAUCAGCUCCAUGAUAGUAGACUUGCCGUCGAAACUCAUAGUGUCGGUGGUGUUCAACAUAAUCCUCUACUUCAUGUCUAACCUGCGCCGUACGGCGGGUCAUUUCUUUGUGUUCUACCUCUUCUCCGUCACUGUAACGCUCACCAUGUCGAACAUCUUCCGCUUUACUGGCGCCGUCUCGCGGUCUAUGGCCCAAGCGAUGGUCCCAUCGUCCAUAUUCAUGAUGAUCCUUGUCAUCUACACAGGCUUCACGAUUCCAGUGCGAGACAUGCAUCCUUGGUUCCGGUGGUUGAACUACCUAAACCCGAUUGGCUAUGCCUUCGAAAGCUUGAUGAUCAACGAAUUCAGUGACCGCCAAUUUCCCUGCGCAUUGUAUGUCCCUUCUUACAGUGAUGCGCCCAUGAGCUCCAAGAUCUGUAGCGCCAACGGCGCAAUUGCGGGACAAGACUUCGUCGAUGGGGACAGAUUCAUCAAUGUUACUUACCAGUACUAUCGCUCGCACCUGUGGCGCAACUACGGCAUUAUCUGGGCGUUUCUCCUGUUUUCCCUAGCCUGCUACGUCGUCAGCAGCGAGCUGGUCCGCGCCAAGCCCUCCAAAGGCGAGAUCCUCGUUUUCCCGCGAGGGAAGAUGCCCGCGUUCAUCAAGAAGAAACAGCCGGGCAUCAGCAGCGACCUAGAGAGCCCCGCGCCAAUGGCCGAAGAAAAUAGGGUAGCCGCAGAAGAGGAUCACGAUCCGGACCAACAUACGGCAGCGAUCGUUAAACAAACCUCAAUCUUCCAGUGGCAAGAUGUCUGUUACAACAUCAAGAUCAAGGGCCAAAACCGCACCAUUCUCGACCACGUCGACGGAUGGGUUCAACCCGGAACGCUGACAGCGCUAAUGGGCGUGACGGGUGCUGGGAAGACCUCUUUGCUAGACGUGCUGGCAAACCGCGUGACUAUGGGUGUCGUGACGGGCGAGAUGCUGGUCGACGGGCGCAUGCGCAAUAAUUCCUUCUCUCGCAAGACAGGCUAUGUCCAACAGCAGGACUUGCACCUGGAGACGAGUACCGUACGCGAGGCCUUGAUCUUCAGCGCCAUGCUGCGCCAACCGGCCAGUAUUCCGCGUACGGAGAAGAUCGCCUACGUUGAGGAGGUGAUCAAGAUGCUCAAUAUGGAAGCAUAUGCUGAAGCAGUUGUGGGCGUCCUAGGCGAAGGUUUGAACGUCGAGCAGCGCAAACGAUUGACUAUUGGGGUGGAGAUUGCCGCGAAACCAGACCUCCUUCUCUUCUUCGACGAACCCACUUCAGGUCUUGACAGUCAGACGGCAUGGUCUAUUUGUUCCUUGAUGCGUAAGCUAGCAGAUCACGGCCAAGCGAUUUUGUGUACAAUUCACCAGCCGUCGGCGAUCCUCAUGCAAGAGUUCGAUCGACUCCUCUUCCUGGCGAAAGGAGGACGGACCGUCUACUUUGGCGAGCUGGGUCCGAACAUGGAAACCCUCAUCAAGUACUUUGAAGACAAAGGGUCCGCAAAGUGUCCACCCAACGCGAACCCCGCCGAGUGGAUGCUCGAGGUGAUCGGAGCCGCACCAGGGUCCCAUGCCGAUAAAGACUGGGGUGACGUCUGGAAUCAAAGCCCCGAGCGCACGCAGGUGCGUCACGAACUUGCACAGAUGAAGGCGGAGCUUCUGCAGCGGCCACCCCCUCCGCAAGUGACUGGAUACGGGGAGUUCGCAAUGCCGAUCUGGGCGCAGUUCGUCCUGUGUCUGAAGCGCAUGUUCCAGCAAUACUGGCGCAGCCCGUCGUACAUCUACUCCAAGGCCGCCAUGUGCAUUAUACCUCCCCUCUUCAUCGGGUUCACCUUCUGGCGCGAGCCGACCAGUAUCCAGGGCAUGCAGAACGAGAUGUUCGCCAUCUUCAUGCUCCUGGUGAUCUUCCCCAAUCUCGUGCAGCAGAUGAUGCCAUACUUCGUGAGCCAGCGGUCGUUGUACGAGGUGCGCGAGCGGCCGUCCAAGGCCUACUCGUGGAAAGCGUUUAUGCUCGCCAGCAUCCUCGUCGAGCUCCCCUGGAACAUCCUCAUGGCCGUGCCCGCCUACUUCUCGUGGUACUAUCCGAUCGGGUUCUACCGUCACCUCCCUGCAGGCGCGGUGACCGACCGCGGGGGCACCAUGUUCCUGCUGAUCCUAGUCUUCAUGAUGUUCACUUCCACCUUCAGCUCCAUGGUGAUCGCGGGGAUUGAGCAGCCCGAGACCGGCAGCAACGUCGCCCAGCUGUUAUUCUCCUUCUGUUUGAUCUUCAACGGCGUCCUCGCCUCCCCAACCGCGCUCCCCCGGUUCUGGAUCUUCAUGUACCGCGUCUCCCCCUUCACCUACCUCGUCUCCGCGAUUCUGAGCGUUGGCCUCGCCGGCGCCGAGGUCAACUGCUCCGAGAUCGAGCUCCUCCACAUCCCGCCGCCCGCCAACCAGACCUGCGCCGACUACCUCUCGCCCUGGGUCAAGGCCGCCCAGGCCCGCCUCCUCAACCCAUCCGACACGACCACCUGCCGCGUCUGCGCCUACUCGACGACCGACCAGUUCCUCGCCACGCUGAGCAUGUCGUUCGCCGACCGCUGGCGCAACAUCGGGUUGCUGUUCGUGUACGUAGUGUUCAAUGCGGCCGCCGCGGUGUUCCUGUACUGGCUGGUGCGGGUGCCGAAGCGGUGGGGCAAGAAGGUCAAGCAGGAGUGAUUCGUCUUGUUGCUUGUUGCUGAGAGAUGAGUGUGUUUUGGUCAUGGUUUGGAAUUUUGCUCGGUUGUUGGGGUUUCUUCUCGGUCUUGGUGAGGAUCGGGCUGUGGCUGUAACUGUGGCUAUACUGUA